AAUCAUAAUAACGCAGCCCGCGUUCAGAAUACAUACCUUCGAAGUCAAAACGAAAAUCUUGUACCGUUUAUUAACGCUACUACCGGUGCCGCUAUCCCUACGUUCCCUCAUACCUCAUUCGAAAUCGAACGUAUUGCAAGAAGACAAUUGGAUUCGGUACUGCAACAACUGGGUAUUCCUACGGAGGGUGCAAAUAUAGCGGAGAAGAAGCGGUUACUCAGAGCUCACAUCGGGUUACCAGAGGUCGCA